GGAUGAUUUUUAAUAAAAUUAGGGAUUCCAAGGAUUUUGAAAAAGAAAAUUUUGAUAAUUAUUUAAAAGAGGAGAAUGAGGACAAUAAAGUUUAUAAAAAGUAUAUACAGGAUUUACAUAAAAAGGUUUUAAAAAUCAAUGUUUUUAAAUCCCCUCCCCUCCAUCGAAUUUCGGCAUGCCCGUCCAUCCCCUGUGUUGUUAUAUACCUAAUAGUGUUGGUCACGGUUCCGUAUUACGGCGGUAUUUUUUGGUAA